UUUUUGGUCGGGAUAAUUUACAUGGGAAAUAUCAAUGUACCUUGGUUUACCCCGCAUGUUUAGAGACAAUGAAACUAUAAUGACAUUUUAUAAUAACAUGCUACAGGUAUGGACACUAAAACAGCAGUUCUUCGUACCUAGAAAUCAGUUGUAUUAUGACAUAUAUCCCGUGGUAUAUUUCAGCGCACUUGCAAAGGAAUUAUUCGAUACGAAGUAGUUCGUGCUAUAGGUGAACUAGCGUCGCCAUAUUGGCUUAGAUAUUCCUACGCCAUCUCAUAAUAAUUCGUUAUUUUGGAAUUUAUGGACAACAUGGACAUGGAAAUCAAUUAUUUGUGUGUCGAAAAGACAUUGGAAAGACUGUUUAACCUGAAUAUGGAUUAACGUUCAAAAUGCAAGCAGUUUUUGGACUAUUUUCAAACGCGUAGUACAUUGCUCAAAAAUGACUGUCGAUAUCGUUUCCUGUCUGGGAAUCGCAGGAUGAUUUUUAAGAAUAAGAAUUCACUAUUUAGGAUGUAGGGAUGAAAAAUGUCAGAAACGCCAGCGAAGGAUGAGGAGUUUCUUGUGCGUGUACAGGCACAAGUUAUGACCAGGGAUGAUUCAAGUGGGGGUUGGGUACCAAUGGGAGGGGGUGGGCUAAGCAAUGUGGGUCUACGGAGACUGGUAAAAACAAAUGGUGAAGACCACACAAGAAAUGAAUACUUAAUACAAGGAGAAAGAAUAGCAGACAAAUCGGUGGUGCUGGACUGUAUUUUAAAACGAGAUAUUCGUUACACGAAGGCCAACCCUAAGUUUCACCAUUGGCAGACUGAUGACAAGAGGUUUGGUUUGACCUUUGAGAGGUCCGAUGAUGCUAAGGCAUUUGACCGUGGAAUUCGGCGAGCAGUAGCAGAUCUAGUGGACGGGGUGUGUAAUAUAGAUGGAGAUGAAGAGGUCUUUGUGCUGCUAGACCUUCCAAUGUCUGGACAGUCAUCACAGUCUGCCUCCACAACAUCUACGACCACAAGUAGCCCUACCCCCCAGUCUCCAGAAUCUACAAUAUCGGGCUUACCAGAGUCCUUCCAAUUCAGCCCACAUGCCAAUCAUGGCCAUCUACACCGUGUGCACUAUAUUCCUACCACCUCACCUCACCGGAAUGUGACGGGUGGUGGUGUCAAUAUACCCUCAUCACCCCCUAGUGACAAAUCUAGUAGUAGUAAGUCUGACACAAUUGAUACUAGUAGUUUCAGUCGAGAUGAUAUAUGGAUCAAGCCGGAUGAUCCAACAUCUUUGAGCAGUAAAUCUGAGCAGGUUCUCAUUGACUGUACAGAUAAUCUAGAAAUGAAAGACUACCAAUAUGUAAUAUUUGCCAAAAGUAAACAACAACAUGAAUAUAGCUAUCCGACCUUAGAGUCAGUACAGAAACCACCGUCGAAACGUGAAUCGACAAGUAAUAUCAAGAGACAGCCUUUGAUCACGCAACUCCCACCUUUACCCAGAAAGCAAAAAGACAAGCAUAGAAAAACAACACAGCGGUUGAUACCACAACAGAAAUCACGGUGUAAGCACUGCCAUGAUUUGUUCUCUCACGAGGAGAAUGGACGUGGCAGUUGUGAGGAUGCACCGGAUGGGGUGGAGAAAUGUAUAGAAUGUGUCACUUGUGUGUGGUGCCCCAAGUGUAUUAUAUACCACUGUAUGUCGGACCCAGAGGGAGACUAUGGACACCCCUGUAUGUGUGAUACAACUGAUGACUCCAACUGUAAGAAGUGGACUGCUUUGACAAUUCUUUCCCUGUUUGUUCCGUGUUUAUGGUGCUAUUGGCCACUGAUGGCCUGCCACAAGUGUGGGGUAGCCUGUGGCUGCUGUGGGGGCCGACACAAGGCUGCGUAGCAUGUGUCAAGGAACCGCCAACAUACAUACCAUAAUUGUUUUCGUGGAGUGCGUUAUCAAGCUGUGAUAUUUGGUCUUUAUUUCUGAUCUGUUAUUUCCUUUUUUGAACUACAUUUGUAGACUAUCCCUUUAACUCUCACAGAUUAAUUGAGUCUGUUUAUGACUGAGUUAAUUGUGAGAUACUUUGCAAUGUUUGGAUAUUAUAUGGUAUCAGACAGAGGUAAUAUUGUCUCCCCUUAAUGAAAUGAAGUGAAAAAACAGUAGGUCAUCACUGACAAUUAUCAAAUAGAUUUUAUUUCAAUAAUUGCAGCUUGUGGCAAACAUUUUAAUUAAAUUUAUUUGCAUUUUGUCACCAUUUGGCGGUACAGUAUAGAUUAUAGAUUAGAAUUUUUAUUUUGAUAUUGAUAAAGGGUUGCUUGUGAAAUUCUCUAUUAAAAGUUAAGCUACCUCAAGCUCUAAAUGUUUUUUUUCAUAUCUUGCCUACUACACAAAUAUUUUGUAAUUUUCUUUCAUUUUCAUUAAGAAUUAUAUUUAUUUCCCUGUUUCUGUUCUAAUGUACCAUAUAUGUGUAAAAUACCGAUAUUCUCAUUGUAUCUUGUUUAAUUAAGAAUUCAAUUAUCUACAAAUUAAGAAAAUAACAUAUGACAACAUAUGAAGUGUGAUAAGGUGAAUGCCUAGUGUUGGAGGAGGUUAGCCAUCCCAAUGUUAAUGAAUUACAAGAAUUGUUAUGUAUUAUACAGUCUGUAUAGAUAUGAAUGGAUCAAUCGCUUGACUAGUCGAGUGGUUGAUUGUAGAGGAAUCCAACUGUGGUGACAGUAACACAAGCAAAUGUUUAUGUGUGGUAGAGAUCUUCUGUCCCCCUCUUAAAGUGCCUACAAUUCAGUGCUUUUUUUUCCUGUCUACUUACACACUAUGUGCUUCAGAACUUAGGAUAGUCAGCAUCUUAAUGUCAGAUUUUGUUUGUUUGCCUUUUUUAACUUCCAGAAAUGGUGGGAUGUUGUAUUACAGGCCUCAGCAUACAUACUGUCUGAGAGGAUAUCUGCAUUUGAAAACCAGUUGUUGAUAAUUUGAUUUCAUCAAAACAUAAUUUAACGUUAAGUUGUUGUUUUUUUUUUUUUUUUUUUUUACCUUUUUUCUUCUUCAAACAAAGUUUUGAAUUUGACUUUUCAAAAUACUGAAAAAAGUGCUAGAAAGAUUAUACCAACAGUUGUGUAUGUUAUUUAAUGAGACACAUGUUAUCCUCUUAUAUAUAAUUACAAUGAUUGCCAUGCCUACCAUUUGUACAACUCCUAUCAUUGAAGGUGUACAACUCCUAUCAUUAAGGUGUACAAAUCCUAUCAUUGAAGGUGUACAAAUCCUAUCAUUGAAGGUGUACAAAUCCUAUUAUUGAAGGUGUACAGCUAUCAUGGAAGGUGACAUCUAUCAUUGAAGGUGUACAACUAUCAUGGAAGGUGACAUCUAUCAUUGAAGGUGUACAACUAUCAUGGAAGGUGUACAACUAUUAUGAAAGGUGUACAACUUCUAUCAUUGAAGGUGUACAAAUCCUAUCAUGGAAGGUGUACAACUUCUAUCAUUGAAGGUGUACAAAUCCUAUCAUUGAAGGUGUACAACUAUCAUGGAAGGUGUACAACUUUUAUCAUUGAAGGUGUACAAAUCCUAUCAUGGAAGGUGUACAACUUCUAUCAUUGAAGGUGUACAAAUCCUAUCAUGGAAGGUGUACAACUUCUAUCAUUGAAGGUGUACAAAUCCUAUCAUUGAAGGUGUACUAAUCUUAUCAUUGAAGGUGUACAAAUCCUAUCAUUGAAGGUGUACAACUAUCAUGAAAGGUGUACAACUAUUAUGGAAGGUGUACAAAUCCUAUCAUUUAAGGUGUACAAACUCUCAUUGAAGGUGUACAAAUCCUAUUAUUGAAGGUGUGGUACUAUCAUGGAAGAUGUAAAAUCUUAUCAUUGAAGGUGCACAAAUCCUAUCAUUGAAGGUGUACUAAUCUUAUCAUUGAAGGUGUACAAAUCCUAUCAUAGAAGGUGUACAACUAUCAUUGAAGGUGUACAAAUCCUAUCAUUGAAGGUGUAACUUCAAUAUAGAGAGUGUACAUCUAUUUUAUGAAUUCAAUGCUGAUUCUAUGUUUGAAAGUGUAUUUUAUCAUUCAAAGAACAGACACUUGACACAAAAACAUGGAUAAAUAUAUCUACUUUAUUAAAGUUGAGAAGUAUUGCUGUUAACAUAUGUUUUUGUGUGUCUCGCAUCUGUCUUUGAACAUCACUGCUCCUCUAACUAAAGAUGUAAAUCUUAUCAGAAAACACUUAGUGCUCCUAUUGCUGUUACUCCUAUCAUGCAUAUGGAAGGCGAAUUGUUCCUAUGACUGGAGGUGUAUAGAACACUGACUGUGAACAAUCUAUCAUUGCAGGUGUAAUACUCUUGACAGGUUUAGGUUGUAGGUCCUGUAAUAACAACCUCAACAACAGUUAUGGUAUAUUGUCAUUCCGCAUGUUCAUGUCUAAGGAAGGUUUUAUGUGUUCAACUUUAAAUUGUUUACCAUAGUCUAGCUAACGUGUACAUACUGAGUGAAAUGAAUGAUAUUGGGUGUUCAGUGUGAUAGGUAAAUGUGUAUGUGUGUGUGUAUUGGGGGAGGUGUAGAGAUGUAUCGGGGGUAGGCAUGUAUAUGUACAGUGUGAAGGAUAUGUGUGUAUGUAUACAAUGUGAAUGUGUGAGGGUUGGGGGGGGGGGGGGGGGUAAGUUUGUAGGUGUACAAGAUAUGUGAAUGAUAUGUGUAAAGUAUGAAGGGUAGGUGUAUGUGUAUUUAAAUAUUUGUAGUUGAGGGGUAGGUGUGUGUAUACACUAUGAUGGGUGUGUGUGUAUGUAUAGUGUGCAUGGGGGUGGUAGGCCUACGUAUGUGUGUGUACAGAUGUGUGUGGGGGGGACGUAUGUGUACGUGUACUGUGAGAGUGAUAGGUUUGUAGAGUGUGAGUGAUGGGUAGGUGUAUAUGUGUAGAGGGUGAAUGAAGGGUAGGUGUGUAUGUGUACAGUUAGGAUGAAGGCAAGAGUAGGUGUGUAUGUGUACAGUGUGGAUGAAGGCAAAGGUAGGUGUGUAUGUGUAAACAGUAGGUGUAUGAUUGUGAGUUAUCUCCCAUUAUGCACCAGGAUAGAGUCCUUAUGCUCGCCUUUUAUUAUCUUACAAAUAUGUGUUUUAAGUGCAAAGGUGUCGUCACAUGCAGAAAGAAAGAGGAACUAAGAAAAUCUUAAGUAUUUGUCAGUUAAAUGGCCAUCUGUUUUUGUUUUUCUGUAAUCUGUUGUUUUUGUUGAUUUAUUUUUAUAAGACUUUGUUUUUGCUGGUACUACUGACUAAAAAAGCGGUGCUGUGUAUGUUGAGAUGAUAAGUUCUGAAGUUCUGUUGCAACAUAAGUGUUUUAAAGGAUGUUAUUUUUUAUUAUUAUUAUUUUUUUUUUUUUUAAUUUUCCAAGAAUAGCUCCAAAGAAUUUUCCAAAUUCAUCAAUUUUAUUUACAUUUUUUUAACAUAGAUGUUACACUAUUGUGUUACCUGAUGUGGUUUUUGCAAUAAAUAUAUUGUGUGUUUUACUGGGGUUGGGAGGAAUCUAGGUUUUAACUGCUUUCAACUUACUCAAAUUGCAGGUAGGGAUAUUUGGGACUUCAAUGUGCUGAAUAACAUAAUCUUGCCAAAGCUGUAGUGUCUAGCAGCUGUUGCCUACCUACUGGUAUAUGCAGCACCCAAGGGACAUAACUGAGUGUUGUAAAAUAAUACUGCGUGGACACAUUUACUGAAUGGCAGAUAGCUUGAUAACGUAUAUAUAGCAUUGAGGCUUUGAAAAUGUUUUCUCAUGCUGGUUAAACCUGUAUACGAUUGAUAUGAAGUCAGACUGAUCCUUUACCAAGUAUAAAAAAUACACCUAUACCUUCACACAUUUUUUAUUUCUUCUCAAAGAAAGAUCUGUAAUACAUUUCCUCUCAAAUGUACAAUUUUCUUCUCAAAUUGACAUGUUCUUUUAUGAUGUUGUGUAUAUAUAUAUAUAUAAUACUACCACAGAUAUUCUCAGAGUUUUCAACUCGCAUUUUUUUUUUCUUUAAUUUUUUUUUUUUUUUUUUUUUUGUAUACCUCAGAAUAAUGGUUCUCUGGCCAUUAUCUCUACACAGUUGUGUUCGUCAGUGAUUGUCAUAUCAAGAUCAUGCAUAAUGAUUAUUCCAUAUAACACUUCAUCACACCCUCACAUUCAUCAACAUUUCUAUAAAAAUUAAAAAUUGUAUUGCUAAAUAUUUUGCGUCUGUAUGUUUUAUUUAUUUCAGUAAGAAAAUAGUAUUAAUUCAUUGAAUAAUACACAGAUUUUCCUACAAAAGGUAUUUAUUCCGACUAUCCAUAAUUCCAUUGUUUCAAAUCUAUUUCUGAAGGACGAAUGUCAUUUUGAAAUGAAAUAAUAUCUUGCACAUCAGAUGAAUUGUAUUGAUGUUCAUGAUUAACCAGUAUGAAAUUGAGAUGGUUGUAAAACAUUGAGAGUAAUUAAAAUAGAAACGGUUGUGAGUCAUUUAAUGUCAUGUUCAACUGAAAAGAUUUCAAAAUGAGUAUUGUGAAUUCUACUAAUUACUUCAAAUAAUAUUUCUGAUAUAGUUACAACAGAUUUCUGUUUAGACCGUUUUUUGUUUGUUUUUUUUUUCAUAAAUUACCCCAUUAUCUUUAGAGCACUCGGCAGAAUUUCUAUCAUUUUCAUGCCUACUAGUCCCUUUUUGCUUUAAAACAAUACCAAAUCUUUUAAAAUGUUACCUGUUUAUCAGAUAUUAACCUUUAUUCAGUGAUUUAAAUAAUAAUUCAACUCUAUAGAUGUGAUUAAACUUUCAAUGACAUUUGUUUUGAUGUAAAUUUUGCCAAAGAUGUUUGGUUUUAGUGCUUUACCUGAGGAAUGUGCUGUUUAAAUCACAUCAGACGUGUUGGUUAAGUGCAAUAUUUUUUCAUUAAAUAUCUCAUUGAUAGCAAAAAAUGAUAAAUAUUAUAUUGUUUUCAUUAAAUUCUAUAAAAUGUAAGUGUUUGACAAGCAUUCAUGUCCUGACGAUAUCUGAUAAAGGUUUUUGUAGCAAUAGUGUAACGUACAAGCUGACCCUUAUACAUUGUUGUAACAUAUCGUUACAGUGUUGGGCCCUGUAUCCCUAGGCUCAGACCUUGAUUGAAGGCUGGUCACUUAUUUUUCAGUCCAAAUCAGUUCUGCCGUGGAUAAAGUAUUGGUAUAGUCACAUGAGAUAUAAAAUAUUUACUUAAAUAGUUACUAUGGUCAAUAUGUAAUCCCAGUUGGGUUUGAGCUGUGAGGAUACAGAUGGUUCAGACUGAGUCUAGUCUCUACCACAAGCAUUACAACUAAAUCAUACUAUCACUUGACCUGCCCCCACAGAAACUUCAUCAUCAGAGAACAAAGGAAUGUGAUGGCAGGUCACAUUUGGGGCAAUAUACAGGGACUUAAGGAAGAUAGGAUCUUUAUGUAUAUAUAUUAGGUAAUAUUCAGAUGGUUGUUUCUGAUAUCUGAUGAAUCUGUGCAUGUCACAAAAAAAAUGUGUUCAUAGUGGUCGUUGACCAACACUGAUAAGAUGACUACACAUUGCCAUUAAUUAGCCUUAUGAUCGCUAUUGUUUUUUGUAUAUGAUGGAAUCGCUGUAGUGAUUUGUGUUGUGGACCCUGAAAUGUGUGCCUGUAGCCUGGCUUUCUUGUGAGAACCAAACUCAUUUUGCUUAUUUGUCUUUGCGAAAGUAGUUGAGCCUAAUUCUAAGGUUAACUACAAGACUGGGGAGGGGGGAUCUGUGACACUUCAAUGGAUACACGAUGUCUUGUAUGCAGCUAUACCAUGGCAUAUAUCUCAUUCUACAUAGCGACACCUCCCAUCUUGUCAAAUAUUUCAAUAAUAUGCAUAUGCCAUACAUAUUUCAAAAUGUGUGGCAAUUUUUAUCUGCAAAACUGUCAGUAUGUGCUUCUACAUAACAUAUCACCUCUAUACCGGUAUGCUGUGAGGUUGUGCUUGGUUAUAUUUGGGGUGAGGAUGCAUGGUUAUGCUGCAGAAACAACUGCAUUACAGUAAAAGGACUCGUUAAUAAGAGAGGCCAUCUCAUUUAAGGGGAGAUAAUGCUUGUAUGUAUGUCCAUUGCAGUGUCACAGAGUCAGGCGUUCGCAAAUCUACUUGUUAUGGACUUUGGGAAGAAGUUCCUUGAUCCAUUUUACCUGGACACAAACUUUCUAAGGCAGAGAACCUGUAGUACAAUUAGAGCACUUGUUGACAAUCAUGACCUAAAUGGCUUAGUCCUAUUAGUGUUGAUUUUAAUUUUUAAUAUGUGAGAGUAUUUGUUAACAGUAAUUAUACUUUGAUUAUAUGUUUUUUGAUGAGGAAUAUUCAUAUGUUUGAAGAGAAAAAGUCCCUCAUAUAAAACAAUAGCAGGAUGAUUGUAUGAUGCAUUCUUCCCAAAGUACAUGAUUGUUGUGGAUUGUGUGUUGGGCUGUGAAUGUGCUGAAGCCUAUGUGUUGGGGAAGGCUGUGAAUGACAUGUUAACAACUUGUUGUUUCCAUUCUGAGUUUUGAGAUAACACACACUGGUGAUUGUGUCUUAUGUGAGUGCAUGCAUUGUUAAAAAGGGCAAAUGUUAUGUACACUGUCUGUGUGCCAAAUCCACUGUUCCUUUUUUGUCCCCUUUUGGGAACAUGUUUGAUGACCAUAUUUGGAUGUGUAAGGGUGUGUGAGCUAGGAUUAGGUGGUUUGUUGCAGAGUAAUUCACAAGUAUGCUUUGUAUUUGUUAACAUUGAGUUGUUGCAUUAUUUUAUAUAUAUGUCACAAGUCAAUAUUCUUACUGUUUUCAUGCAACUUUAUUUUUCAUCUAUUUUUUUUAUUCUUAAGCAUAGGGAUUAAUUGGAAAUUUUCUCAAGUAUUUGUAGGAUAAGUAAUAUUUUCCAUUAGAAUACUAAUUGAAGUAACGAUGAUGAUAUGAAGUACUUGGCUGCUGUCUCUGUAUUUGGAAUCUUUCCUCUUUUUGCACACUCAGAAAUAUGACUGCAUCAGCCAAUAUGUAGAUUGCCUAUUUCAUUUGAUUUAUACUCGAUGUAAGUUAACACAAGGUGAUAGUAGUAUACCUAAGUUUUCAUAAUGUGGCCUGAAAUAAAACAAUGUCCGAACUCUUUCUUGGUGUGAUGACUCGGAGGGGAAACCAAACCGGUAGAAACAUUUAAUACCUCUUUCUGUCCUCUAUAUUUUAAUUUGCGCCAUUUCACUCCUUCAACUUGAAUGUUGUAAUUCAUCUUAAUCAUCUACACAGACCUUUCUGUCAUCAAAUCAUCUGAAGUCCUUUCUAUCAUCACAUCAUCUACUGUUCUUUCUGUCAUGGGAUCAUCACAUGGCUUGGUUUCUUCUCCCCACUUUGGUUUACUUGAGUAAUGCAUCACCUGACACUUUCACCCCUAUAGGCAGCUGGCUAAUGGAGAAUAUAUGUGAAUAUAUUAACACCGUUUUGUACUUUGCGACUAUUUGUAUUUCAGCCCGAGAAAAAAACAUUUGGGCUAUUGACUGUUAAUAUUACUUGUACUGGUAGACUACCUGAAGAAAGCUUGCAAAUUGAGAAAAUGUUCUGCAAAGAUUUUUUGCACUGUAUUAAGUCUCUGUGCAUCAAAUUUGAAAAUUGUAAAAUUAUAUAGUAAAAUACCACUGUAUUUUAUUAUUUAAUAUAAUAAAAUAAUAAUUACAGAA